GCUACAGCGAUGGGGCACGCCUAUCACUGUUCGGCACCGAGUGCGCGCGGAGAAUCCAGGUUAGCGCUGGGGAGAGGGAAAAAAUCCCUCAAGCAGAAUCUAAUCCGAGCUCUGAUCGGAUGAGAGGGUGACUCACAUCUCUCACCUCAGUGAAAUAUCAGUCUAUCCCGGACUGUCUGAAUGGCGGCAUCAGUGUAACGUUUAAGGAAAGGGGGCGGGGCUCGAUGCGCAACAGGUGCGAGGCUGCAGUUUCAUCUUUGCAGCUCUUAGCCCGAAGAUGCACACCGUCUGCCUCCACCUGUCCAUGUCUCAACUCCAAUCGCUUCAUCUGGAGUUCUUCGGCCGUAAGCUGGCUGUGCAUUCAGCAGGAACUAGAAGCUCCACGUCGGCUUUGACUGCUUCCCCUGCAGCGGAUACACCAGCAGCGCCAGCUCCCCUCCUGUUUCCUCACAUUUAGAAAGGUUUGAAGAAGGACACAUCUGUGGGUGAGCAGCCAUGGAGCUGUCUCUCCUCCUCCUCCCCGUCUUCUUCAUCUCUUCCCUCCGUUGCAACUCGCUGCCACAGAAUUCCCCCCAGGCGGAUGCCUUCAUCGGCACCUCGCUGCAAGCUGUGGCUGCAGCUCAUCCCAUCCUGCAGAACCAGCCUUUCAUCCUGGUGUGGAACAUGCCCACGGCAAACUGUCCACAGCGAUACAACAUCCACCUGGACCUGGGAGACUUUCAUAUUGUGGAGAACAAGAAGGAGCGCUUCCAGGGACAGAAAAUGACCAUCUUCUACCGCGACCACUUGGGAAAAUAUCCAUACCUCUCCCGAAAUGGCAAGAAAGUGAAUGGAGGACUCCCUCAGCUCGGCGACCUGGCCUCUCACCUCUCCCUCACGGUGACGCAGCUGUCCGACCUCCUGCUACCAGAUUUCAGCGGCCUAGCUGUCAUCGACUGGGAGGAAUGGAGACCGUUGUGGGAGACGAACUUUGGAUCUAAGGUGGAGUACCGGAGGUUGUCCAAACUGCUGGUGAAACAGGAGCAACCAGAUCUUUCAGAGCGGGCAGUGACAUCGCUGGCGAGGCGGAUGUUUGAGGAGAGCGCUCGGAAGUUCAUGGAAGAGACACUCCAGUCUGCGGUCGGAGAACGCCCCAAAGGCUUCUGGGGGUUUUAUGGUUUUCCCACCUGCUUUAACAAGAACAAGAGAAAGACAGAUAAAACUUACACAGGACGCUGCCUCAGGGGGACCAGGCAGCAGAAUGAUGAGCUGUCCUGGCUUUGGACUAAGUCCUCCGCUCUCUACCCCAGCAUCUACCUGCCACAGAAACUGGCAGGGUCUGCAGAUGCAGCUCUAAUGGUCAGACACAGACUGCUGGAGGCUUUGAGGGUGGCGUCAGGUUGGCCAUAUCACAACAACACCGACCACGCCACACCCGUCCUCCCCUACGCCAGGCUAGCAUUCACACACUCACUCAAGUUUCUCAGUAAGAUGGACCUGGAGCACACACUUGGAGAGAGUGCAUCACUGGGGGCAGCUGGAGUUGUGCUGUGGGGAGAACUGAAAUUCGCCAAAAACAAGAAACAGUGCGUUCUCCUCAGAGACUACGUCCACAAUGUCUUGGGUCCCUUCGUUCGAUCUCUGAGGUCUGACGCAGAGCGCUGCAGCCUCCAGGUUUGCCACGGCAAUGGACGCUGCACCAGGAGACACCUGAGCUCUGGCCACCGGCUCAGUGACUCUUCCAAACAUUUCCAGAAACACUUCAUGUGUCAUUGCUACCAAGGCUGGACAGGGCAGGGGUGCCAAGACAAGAAGAGCGAGAGCAGAGAGGAGGAAGAUUGACCUGAGCUUUUUUGUUACGGUGCUGUCCAUUUAUGAGUUCAUGGGGAUAAUAAUACUACUAAUGGAAGUUACAGUUUUGAGCAGUGUGGUCCAAGUUCAUUUUAAUUUCAUUAGUCCAAAGGUUGUUUUUUUAAAUUUUUAAAUCUUCUCUGCCCUUUCUGUUUUCCAGUGUAACCAGUUGUGAACACCUUGCUGUAAAUUCUUUGCAUUCCUAUUUAUGGAGUCAUCUCUUGAUUGUAAACUUUAACAAUGAUACACCUACCUCCGCAGAGGUUGUGAAGUUGGUACCCAUGGAGAUAAUUCUGCCAUCAUGCACUUUAAUAGUCUCCUGUGGUCUUUCAGUUGUUUAGACUUUUUGGCUGUUUCUGUGGUCGUGUGUCAUAAAUGAAAGGAAGAAAAGAAACUGUGUUUGGCUACAUUAAAGGGACCUGUACUUAAAUUUGACUCUAAUGGACUUUGCAUAGGAAGACUAAAGUCUAAUGUUUUACAGUUGCAAGAUUUUUUUUCUCAACCAAUAGUAAAAUAGUGUCUUGUUACCAUGGAAGAAAAGACACAUUUUAAACUUGACAUGUGUACAUAAACUCUGACUGAAAAAUCCCAUCAAACAUCACCAUGAACGACAGAACACUGUAAAU